AUGCCAACAUUAUUGGAUUUGGUUCUUUUCAGUUAUUUCAAAGGUGUAUUUACUGAAUUGAAACGAAAGAUUAUUGGUUAUAGAAACUAUUGUAAAUUGGUUGAAGACAUGGACACCAAAUAUUUAAACGCAACUGAAGAAGAAUUGAUUAUUUAUAAUGAUGAUUGUGCAAUUUGUAGAGAUAGAAUGGAUACUGCCAAAAAAUUACCUUGUGGUCAUAUUUUCCAUCAUUCAUGUUUAAGAUCAUGGUUGGAACAACAAACUUCAUGUCCAACAUGUAGAAGAUCCUUGAUUGAAUUACAAAACGAAACAGGUCAACCAAAUAACAGUAAUAGUAAUAGCAAUAGCAACAACGCAUAUGUUGUCAAUCCAUCAGAUAUAGAAAGAAUACACGAAUUAUUCCCACAUAUACCAAGACAAUCGAUUAUCAAUGAUUUGAUGCAGACCCAUGAUAUCAAUGAAACAACAAAUAAUAUUUUAGAAUCAAGAAUCAUCAUUGAACCUCAUAGUACUGAAGAUGACGAUAAUAAUAAUAAUAAUAAUAAUAACAAUACAAAUGACAUUGUAAAUGAUAAUUGUACACCAAUAGUUAAUAAUAAUAAUAAUAGUAUCGGUAGUAGUAGUGGUAAUAAUCCUUCUUUAUCUUCUUUAUCAUCAUCUUCUUCUUCUCCUCAAACUGGACAACAACCAUUACCAAAUGAUAAUAUAAAUGGAAAUGGAGUAUCGCAUACAUCAUCAAUCUCUGGUGAUAUGAAUCAUGUUAAUAAUAUUAAUAUUCAAACAACAACAACAACAACUGUUGCCGAUGUUGAAGAUAAAUCGACAACAUCAAAUACAACGACCCCAAAUACCAAUAUAACUUCUCCAAUAUCACCUUCACCACUUGAACCACAAAACCAAUGUACAGACAACACCAACAACAACAAUAGCAAUAACGAUAAUAAUUAUAUAACCAGAAAACUAGACAAGUUUUCAGAUUCCUUCCAAGGAACACCUGAAGCAAGACAAAAUAGUCUUUUAUUAAGAAAAAGAUUAAUGUUGGAAGCAUCUAGGAAAAAAUUUUUAGAGGAUAUGGAUAAAGCAUCAUCAAACACUAGUGAAAACACCACUUGA